AUGCCCCUGCGCUCUACCUGGCCAUGUGGUGGAGGACAACCCAUCAACCGUCCCUUUGUUCUCACCACUCUCAACCCCCUCGUACCCCCCUAUGCGGGCCAGGUGGUGGUUGGCAGCGCCAUCUGCGCCCCUCUGUUCUCACCCCUCUGCACCCCCCUAUACCCACGCACCCCUCUUAUCACACAGGUGGUAGACGACAAUGUGGUGGACGACAACAUGAUCAACCGGCGGGUGGCAGCGAUCACGCUGGCGCGGUACGGGGCGGAGGUGGUGCUGGCAGAGUCGGGCGAGGCGGCGCUGCGCCUGCUGCAGGCGUGCCACUCCUUCCGCCUCGUGGUCAUGGACCUCCUUAUGCCCGGCCUCGACGGCUUCCACACCACCGCCCGCCUGCGCGCAUUCGAGGCCGCCGCCCAGGCGGCCCAAGACGUGCAUCACAUACCAGUGGUUGGGGGGGAGUAG